ACACCUUUCCCUCCAAUCUACUCCUCCCAUUUUGCUAGGGUUUUUGCUUCUCUCUUUCAGGUUAACAUGGGAAGAAAUCAAGGUUAGAUUUAUUCGUAAAUGUGAUACACAAGUGUGGGAGUAAAGUGAAAACCUUGAGGGUAGAGGAGAUCCCUUUACCUAAUUGCCUGCCAAGUAGAGAAAAUAAAAGGAGAAUAAUGGGGAAAGUAUCUCCUAAAGACGGGCAAUCCAAGACUCCAAAGCAGAAAAGGCGGUCGAAGAGUACAAGAAGCAAGUAUCUGAGACCAGGUGCUCUUGCACAGCUUCGGAACACCAAGGUUUCCGCUGCUAAAUGUUGUACUGAUCUUUGGAAGAAAAGAGUGGCUGUAAGGAAUGCAGAUGAUGCUAAUGAUGAAGUUGUGCUUCCAAAUGAUGUUAAUGAUGAGAGUCCCAUAUUUCUAACUCCUAUGAAAUUUCCUUUGGGUGCUGUGACUUCACCCAUGGAUUUAGCCAAGCAGAAUAAUUUGCAAAUGACACCAAAGACACCCGGAGCUGUAGAAGGCAUGUUGGAGUCGAGGCUUGAGUCACUUCCAUUGGAUUUGUUGGUUAACAUACUUUGCCACCUGCAACAUGACCAACUUAAAGCAGUUUUCCACGUCUCUCAGAAGAUCAGGAAGGCAGUAAUUCUGGCGAGACAACUCCAUUUCAAUUAUACUACUCCAUAUAAAAUACGGCAAGACAUGUCAGGAACCAUGACUCCUCUCCCCACGGAUCACUGGCCUUUUGCAAGCAAAGGGGAUGGAAAAGGUGCAUGUGUUCACAGCCCUCGUACUCCUCAGGCUCCUAAGCAUGGUCCAAAGCCCCCAUCUCGUCUCAAGUUCAUAGAGAUGGAGCAAAUUGCAACUGCCCUUUUCCAGGAAUCUGCCUUUCCUUCAAGGUGUUUGGUGCCAUCUGUUAUACCAAAGCCCCUUUGCAAGUCCUUGGGUUCUAAUAGAGUUCUAUUUUACGAGGAUGAACUAUGCCAGGCUGUUUCUCAGAAUAGACUUCGUUAGUUUCAGGUUUAGUUUCUAAUAUCCUAAUGUGUAUAAUAGGAAUCCUGGUAGUAAUACAGCCAUGAUGGAGAGUUAUGGUGUUUGAAGAUAGCAAUAGGUUAUAAAGGUUUGAAGGUUGUGAUGCGAAUAUUACAUUUGUUCUGGUCUUGUGUACAGUCCUAUAUAAUUUCCUUGUAUUAGGUUUUGGAGUGACAAUGUGUGUUGCUUUUAUCUGUAACAAUGAAGUGAAAGGAAUAUGUUUUAGAGGA